AUAUUGGCAGACUUCACAGCGACACUCCUUCGAUGAGUAUUCGUGGUUGUUUAUACGGCUCAUGCUUCGGUAAUACGUAAAGGAGUGGACAUAGUAACAAGCGGGAAGGAGCGGGCUAGGAGUGGUUUAGCGGUGGGAACUAUACAUUUAGCCGUGUAUUUAGCUAAUAAACAGGCUAGCUAAAUAGGGAGCAAAUAAAGAGCGAUCAUGCCGCGGGAAAUUAUUACUCUUCAGCUGGGACAAUGUGGAAAUCAAAUUGGAUUCGAGUUUUGGAAGCAGCUGUGUGCAGAACAUGGCAUCAGCCCGGAGGGCAUUGUGGAGGAGUUCGCCACUGAAGGGACUGAUAGAAAAGACGUGUUUUUUUAUCAGGCUGAUGACGAGCACUACAUCCCUCGUGCUGUUCUUCUGGAUCUUGAGCCCCGUGUCAUCCACUCCAUCCUUAACUCCCCCUAUGCCAAUCUGUACAACCCAGAGAACAUCUACCUGUCUGAGCAUGGCGGAGGUGCUGGGAACAACUGGGCCAGUGGAUAUUCACAGGGCAAAAAGAUUCAGGAGGACAUCUUUGACAUCAUUGACCGAGAGGCAGACGGGAGUGACAGCUUGGAGGGAUUCGUCUUGUGUCAUUCGAUCGCUGGGGGGACAGGCUCAGGACUGGGAUCGUAUCUGCUGGAGAAACUUAAUGACAGGUACCCAAAGAAGCUGGUACAGACAUACUCUGUCUUCCCAAACCAGGAUGAGAUGAGCGACGUGGUUGUUCAGCCGUACAAUUCGCUGCUCACGCUGAAAAGGCUCACCCAGAAUGCAGACUGCGUGGUGGUGCUGGACAACACGGCCCUGAAUCGCAUCGCCACAGACAGGCUGCACAUCCAGAAUCCUUCCUUCUCUCAGAUCAAUCAGCUGGUUUCUACAAUCAUGUCUGCCAGCACGACCACUCUGAGAUACCCAGGCUACAUGAACAAUGACCUUAUCGGUCUGAUCGCAUCGCUCAUCCCCACUCCUCGACUCCACUUCCUCAUGACUGGAUACACGCCACUCACCACUGACCAGUCGGUUGCUAGUGUGAGGAAGACCACAGUUCUGGAUGUGAUGAGGAGGCUUCUGCAGCCCAAGAAUGUGAUGGUGUCCACAGGAAGAGAGAGGCAGCCUAGCCACUGUUACAUCGCCAUCCUCAACAUCAUCCAGGGAGAGGUUGACCCCACGCAGGUGCAUAAAAGCCUCCAAAGGAUCCGCGAGCGCAAACUUGCCAACUUCAUUCCCUGGGGACCCGCCAGCAUCCAGGUGGCUUUGUCCAGGAGAUCCCCGUACUUGGCCUCAGCUCACAGAGUCAGCGGCCUGAUGAUGGCAAACCACACAAGCAUCUCCUCUUUGUUCGAGCGAACAUGCAGGCAGUACGACAAACUACGAAAGCGCGAGGCUUUCCUGGAGCAGUUUCGCAAAGAGGACAUGUUCAAAGACAACUUUGAUGAGCUAGACAACUCUCGCGAAGUCGUCCAGCAGCUGGUGGACGAGUACACCGCAGCAACGCGGCCCGACUACAUUUCCUGGGGAACGCAAGAACAAUGAGCAGACUUUAAACUCGGCUUGGUGCUACAAGGUCUUCUAGAUUAGAUCUACGUAACAUUAGAGUCUCACCUGUUUGGCUGUUGCUGCUUCUGAAAAAUAUUUAAUGGUUUGUUGUAGCGUGCGAUUAGUUUUGUCUUUUAAAGAGAAGAAAAGGUGGGGGCUUGAUGUAAACACCAACUUUCAUCUUAACCAAAGUCUUUAACACCCUGCAGAAUCCCAUGUAAAGUAGUCCUUCCCUUAAUGAACAGCUCAGUGAAAGUACUUUUUAUUGCAUGCCAGUACUUCAGUAAUAUUGUGCACAAAAUUAAUAUUCUCUUGUUGGUUAUUCUGCCCCACAUGUCUUGUAGCCUAUAAUUUUUCUGCAAUGUAAAAUUGCCUGUUGCCUUGUUUUGCUCUAUUUUUCUACAGAGUACAGUUUAGUUUUGUGGAUUUACAGGAACAUGCCUAUAGAACGACUGUAGGACAGGGAGAGUACAUAGCUUUAUGGGUAAUGUAGGUUUAUGCCACGCCUCACACUUCUAUCCAUCUCUCUGCUGCUGAUACGCAGCUCAUCUUUUUCAUGACCAACAAGAAUGUCAAGUUCAGGUUAGACUGAUGUUAAAACAUCCGUCAUUUGAGCUGUGCAAAUAUGUUUUAAAGAAUUUGUCCUCAAAGUUAGUUUCCACAGAUAAACAUGGUGUAUGAGGCUCAAACUGCUGUAAAUACUAAGGUUUGGCUCUUUGGGAUAAUCUGUGUCAUUAAAAGUGAAUUCUGUUCCAUGUUGCUUUGCUUGUUGGACCUGUAUGGUGAAUAAAUCUUUUUUUCUAUGA